UCUAUUUUUUUACAAAUUUCCAAUUUUUUCAAAAGAUUUGAUUGAAAAUCUAAUAAAUAAUAUUUUUUUUGUUAUUAUUAAUUAUUAAACAAAUAAGUUGACAUAACAUACAUACAUAAGCCCUGAGAUGUCAUCACUGAAAAGAUCCAAUUCGGUAAGCGAUAAGACCAUCGAAGUGCACAACUAUAUCGACGGCAAGUUUGAAAAAUCGGACAACUAUUUCAAUAGUUAUAAUCCAGCUGUCAAUCGGGUUAACGCAUUCAUACCGGACAGCAAUGAACGGGACGUCCAACGGGCAGUCAGUGCUGCCAAACGCGCAUUUGAAAGUUGGUCUAAAACAAGUGUCCAGGAAAGGUCACAAAUAUUAAACAAAGUGGCCAUGCUCAUUGAAUUAAGUGCCCGAGAGUUGGCACAGUUAGAAUCAUGGGAUCAGGGUAAACCAUUGUGGUUGGCCACCACUCUGGAUAUACCGCGGGCGGCACACAACUUUCGGCACUUUGCCAACGCUAUACUAUACGAUACAAACAUCUCAAUUACCGAUCCCGAUGCCGGUGUCAUCAAUUAUACUACUCACGAACCGAUAGGUGUGGCCGGCAUUAUAACGCCCUGGAAUCUGCCGCUAUAUUUGUUGACAUUCAAACUAGCGCCGGCACUGGCCUACGGUAAUACAGUGGUAGCCAAACCUAGUGAACUGACAUCCGUGACGGCCUACAAAUUGUGUCACUUGUUAGAGGAAGCCGGUUUACCGCCCGGUGUUGUCAAUAUGGUGUUUGGUUUGGGACAAAAGGUUGGCGAACCUAUUGUCGAACAUCCCGACGUACCCAUCAUAUCGUUUACCGGAAGUACGGCUACCGGUGCCCGUAUUGCUCAACGAUCGGCACCGUUGUUCAAGAAACUAUCGCUCGAAAUGGGCGGCAAAAAUGCGGCCAUUAUUUUUGACGACAUAAAUCUGGACACAGUUUUUCCGCAAAUAAUUAGGUCGUGUUUUCUCAACUCCGGUGAAAUAUGUCUGGCCUCCAGUCGACUGUAUGUUCAAAAGUCUAUUUAUCAGGUGUUUGUCGAUAGGUUCACCAUUGAUGUGCUUCAAAUGAAAGUUGGCGACCCCACCAACAAUGACACACUUAUUGGUCCAAUGAUAAGCAGCGAUCAUCAGAAAAAAGUACUGAAAUACAUAGAGUUGGCCCGUAAUGAAGGCGCUACUGUCCGGUCGCUGCCAUUUAAACUGGACACCGAUCACACGGCCGGCUAUUACGUAAGUCCUACGGUUAUUACAGACAUUAGUGACGACAGCGCCUGUAUGCGUGAAGAGAUAUUCGGACCGGUUGUCUGUGUAGUACCGUUUGAUACUCAGGACGAGGUCGUCACGCGGGCUAACAAUAGUCCGUACGGCUUGUCGGCCAGUGUCUGGUCGAGUAAUGUGGAUCGGGUGCACACUGUAGCCAAUCGACUUCGGGUCGGCACUGUCUGGUGUAACUGUUGGCUCGUCCGCAAUCUGAAUAUGCCUUUUGGUGGACAAAAACAGUCGGGAACGGGACGGGAGGCUACUUUGGAUUCCCGAGAGUUUUAUACUGAAAAGAAAACUAUUUGUAUUAAAACUAAUAAAAAAUAGUAAAUUAAAAA